UUUAUUUUGUGUCCCAAAAUAAGCCAUACGACAAACAAAAGAGCAAGUGAGAGCUCCAGAACAACCGUCUGACUGUGUCCAAAUGGACGAAAAAAGAUCAUCAGGACGGUCCAAGAGACAAGCAAAAGUUUUAGAAGAUGGUUUCUGGGACUGUAGUGUCUGCACAUACAAAAAUUCACCAGAGGCCUACAAAUGUGAAAUGUGUGAUGUAAGGAAAGGGACUUCCACCAGGAAGCCGAGAAUAAAUCCUCAGCUGGUGGCCCUUCAAAAAGCACAGCAGUUUGCACCCCCUCCCAAAAAAGAAAAAACACACUCUUCCAAGCGAGAUAAAAAUGGAGACAGCAGUUCAGAAUCCUCCAGAGUGCCCCGGUUGAAGAAUGUGGACAGAAGCAGGCCCAGCCAUCUUUCCGUCACAGUAGGCAAUGUGACAGUUGUGGUCACAGACUACCAGCCCAAACCAGACCCAAGGUCCUCAGACAGCCAUAUAAGCUCUGAUGCCAGUGAUACAAACUCUGUCGCAGCACCUGAUCUAAAUGAUGAUUCCUCACGAGAUGCCGGUACAUCAUAGAAAAUAGGACGUUUUACUUUGUUGGGUCUUUUUGUUUGUUUUUUGGGGUUUUUUACACUAUUUCAUAACUAAGGGUUGUCUGCCUGGAGAGCUGUACUCCAAGAGACAAUGCUCAUGAUUUCCUUCUCUUGUGAAGCUUUCAAGAAUUUUUAUUUUCCUCACUUUCAAUAGAGUGGAUAUCAGAGAAGGGUCUAUGAGUUCAUAAUCAAAUGAGAAGUGAGUCUAAAUUGUGGGAAGGUGUUUGGAUCAUGACGAAAUUCAAAUGAACGUACAAAAUCUUAUGCUGUUAUAUCACGCUUGCUGAGAUUCUUCACUUAUUUGACACAGCUUUGUUUAGGAAUGGACCAUAGAGUUGUUUGCUUAACCCUUGUUUCACCGGAAGUAGCAUGUGGUUGUUCAACUGGACUGCAUCACUAUAGCAAUCGAUGUCUGGGCCAAGGGAAGUGCUAAAAAUUCAAAAUAACUUGCGAACUCAUUGGUCACUGUUUAUAACUUUGACCUGCAAUUUACUAAGUCAUUUACCUUAUGUGUCACGACGUGGUGGAAUCAGGCUCUCGUCAAUUUUUGGGCAUGUAGAGUUAUUGGUAUCAUAUUAAAGCUUGUUCAUUUGUCUUGCUUUGGAUGAACAAAAUGUCAGUUUAUCUUCAAUACAAAUCGAGAUAUUUGCAAAGGAGGGAGGUGGGGUCACCUGGUUUCAGGAGUAAAAUUAGUUUGAAAAUGGCUGCCAAAGAUGAGUUAUUUCCUUAGCUUGAGAGUCCAUGGACGCUGAAAAUUUACCGUUUUUGUGCCUUUAAUCAACUUUUUUCCAGUAAAAUCCUAACAGAAAUGUGUUUUUAACCCUUUCGCACUUAACAGACUUGGCUAGCUAUGGCCCCCCCCCCAUCCUUAAGACAAGUGCAAUAACUCCACGAAAAUUGAAGGGGUACCUUACUAAAAAAAAUUGUAUAAAAUCACAAACACAACCCAAAAUGAUGAAAAUAGUAUUUUCUGAAAGGAAAAUGAAUGAGCUAAAUUACUAGUACAAAAUUAUAAGUGGAAUAGAAGAGUAUGAAAUGAUAUGAGAGGUCUUUCUGAGAUGCGUGCCUUGGAUUCCGAGUCUAGAUCUAGAUCUCGUAUACAUUUCUUCAACUCACGAAGUUUCUGCCACUGACAAAGAGGUAAUCCACACAGAAGAAAUACAACACAUUCACAGAGAUUGAAGCCUCUGGUGGAAACUUGAAAGCACCUAAAAGGCUUUUCUUUGGGUGUUUUUAUUUUGUUUCUGCCGUACUCAUAUCGGGCAGCUUUGCGCCCAUGCAUCCUAGAGACAUGAUGGCGUGUUUACAAAUAAAAUCUCCUCCGACUUUUGUUCCCGCUCAAAAAGUGACUCUUUGAGCUAGCGAAACAAGAAAAACACCAUAGUAAACCGGAACUCUUCCUCUAUAAAGAUAGCUAAGUGAAACUUCUGAUGAUAGUAAAAGUAGAAGCCUCCCGCGGCAAUGAAACAAACACCCCCGUGGCAGGCGCUAUAGGGAUGAGCGGGGGUCACCGGCGCGAGCACAUAUUGGCGCUGUAAGUGCGAAACGGUUAAUGUGCAAGAAAUUUGAAAUGUGUUGAGCCAAAAAACGGAAAUUCGAUAAAAAUUCACAAACCUGCGCUUUCUUCACUUUGGUUAUUUUUACGAGCGCCUGAUUUCGCCAUGCUGCCUCACAUAUAAAGGACACUGAAAUUUUCCAUUAAAGAAGGUCUGGGUGUAUGCCUUCUAAAUGGGGCCUGCGCACUUCCUGGUCAAAGUGAGUCGGCCAUGUAUAUAUAUAUAUAGUAUAGGGCUGUCAGGCUUCCAGGGUAGCCCGGCUCACGCCCCAUAUAUAUAUAGGGACGUCGCACUUCCGGGAUUGAUUUGGUUGUCAGAACAGUUUUGAUUAUUUUGUCUUUGCUGUUGUUGAACCUCUAUUAACUUAAGCCAGUUCAUUUGACAUGGUUCUGUCUCUUCUUUUUUUUCUUUUUUUUUUUAGCAGAUAUAAAUAACUUUCUACACAACACUUAUUUCUGUUGGUCAUUUGAUAUGGUCAUAGUGUAGAAAAAUGUGUUUCUCACAAUAAAUAGUUUGAUGGUAUCUAGUGUCAUGGUUAGAUUCUGGGACUUUAAAAUAAGGACAUGAGUUUGAUUCACGGGGAGGGGUAUUUGAUUUUAAAGCAUAUAUUAUAUCUCCAUUUUUUGCACUUAUUGGCCCUGACCUGCAGGGUGGAAGCUGCCUAGCUCCUAAAUGGUGUAAAUCAUGUUGAUGGGGACUGGGGAAGUGUAACUCAUUCACAACUGAUCACGUGUGGUGGUUCCCAGUGUUAUUUUUGUUGUUUGUUUUUUUAAGGAAAAAAUUAUUGUCUCCUGCAAGAGUUGUGAAAGCAUGAAAUUUCCUUAAUUCCUCCAAAGUGCUUGAAGUUAAAACUUUGUUGAUCUUAAGGUGCAAACUGUCUAUUCCAAACGGUUGCGGAUCUUUAAUUUUAAUAAGUCGCACACGAUUUCUUGAGAAUAUGGUGUACCAGUUCACCAGUUAUUCAUUGGAAAGAAAAGAAACUUUCUCAUGCAAGAGUUCUAGACUCAAAGCAGAUAUAUUCUGAACUCCCUUAUUUUCUGUGUGUGAUAAUAUCCGGGGCGCUUGAGAUUAUGAUAGAUUGAAUUUUAAUAUAUACAUUUCUUUUUGUACAUUUGUGAAUAGCUUUAUGUGAUAGUUCUGUUCAAAGUUUUUAGGUGUUCUUGGUUGACAUUCUGUUGUUCCAGUGAUAUAAAUGAUGCUGAAUAUCUUUCUGCGUAUGUGGUUCUUGUUGUUGCUGUUCUUGUUUUUCUCCUUUCUUUGUGUAAGGCAGUAGUUUUAAUUAGCAAUUUCCUUCUGGUGGUGUGUUGCUUCACUGUUGUUUGAUAUGCAAGGUAUGAAUUAACCAUUCUCUUUGUAGCUGGUUUUGUAAGUUGUGUUGGGGAAGGGGGGGUAUGUGUAUGUUAAAUCUUUGUGUACUGAUGCAAAAUGAGUGACCUAAUUCUUUAACCAUGGCUGGACAGUACCACAGUCCGAUGGGAAGUUAUUAUGUGUAUUAUGGUACGGACCGAAGAUUUAAAAAAUUCGAGCUAACAUGCCUUUGGUUUGACCCGGAAGUCAAAGAUUUGUAAUUUCUAUAUCUGGGUGACGCUUUUGUUUAUCAGUUUGACUCAAAACAAGCUUUUUUAAGAACAUAAUAUGUUGGCUUACAUUUCCGCAAACACGAAAAAAUUAUGCAGAAUGAUGAUUUUAAUUUGCGUGGUUAAAGAGUUCAGUCAAAAAAAUAUUUUAAAAUGAGAGCUGAAUCUAUGCUUGUCAUUUGAAAGCUUGACAGAUGGUUUGUGGAUAUUUUGGUGUGGGUUCUCUCCUUAGUUCAGUGUUACUGUUUUUUAAAGUGGCUAUGCAGUAUGCUUUUGUGUUUAUAUGAUUUAGAUUAAUAUCAUCUAAAUAUAUGGUGCUUUCAAACUGAAAAGUCAGAACUUGAUAGUUUGCAUGGGUCUGUUUGAACCUCCCUUAGGUCGUUAACAGGUGGGGAGCUGCCCAUGUUUUGUUUUUCCUCCUCUAUGGGGGAUUGUACCUACAGUGUGCACAAAAAGCUUCUAAAGCAGUAAGCUUGUGAUAGUUUCUACUACUGUUCAUUCAGUGUUCUUCAGCUUUGUUCCCAUUUGUGAAAUGCGUCUGAGAUGAGUUCUGCUUUGCAAAAUUCAUCAGUUUUGCUGUUGCCUAAUUUAGACCCCAGGAUCAUGAUCAUGAACAUCCCGAGUCGGAAACAGACAAAAAAGAGAGUGUUGAGAUUUAUGCUGUUAUUACAACAGUAGAGCUUGUCAGUUGUAGGGGACAGGUCUGUUGUUUUCCAUAGAACUGAGGGAAUAAAUAACGUAUUUCUAAAAUUAGAGAGGGAAGUUGAAAGUUCUGCCUCGCAAUUUGAAACAAAUUUUUUGUUUUCUGUUUUCACAUCAAACAAUGGCAGGGGGCUUGGUUUUAAUAAUCAAAUCACAUUCAGUGUUGAUUUUCUGUUGUUUGAUGUAUGAGUUUUGAAAAGAGAUUGUGCUGAUAUUAGAAGAGGCUAGUACUGGGUUUUUGGGGGGUUUUUACCCGUUACUUGUACUUCUAGUAUUUCAUGGUUUCAAAUGAUUCUUCCUUUUACUUUUACUUCAUAGUACAAUUACAUUAGAUUACCACACCACUCACAAAAGGCACUUUGCCUUCCAGGCAGCUUCAUUUCAUAUUGAUAAAUAUGUCUGAUUACUAUGAGGCAAAAUGAUUUAUUGGUCUACUAGUCAUGACCCUCAAAUAGGAUUCAUUUUCUUCAAGUAAUGAAAGUUUAAGUAAAUGAAAUGGUCAUCAUCCUGCAUCUUUGAAUAAUUGCUCUCAGUUGCACUGUUUUAAGAAAUGACACUGAACUAAAUAGCUGAUAUAAAUCGCCCUUGAAGUUGCUAGUAGCCUACUGUGGUUUUGACUUGUCUUUGAGCUUUGUUUAGUGUUACAUUUGAUGGGGGGAGGGGGGGGAUGCAUGAUGGUGUCUCAUAUUUUUAGUAUAAACUGCACAAACUUGUUUUCAUCGUUUUGUUUCCAAUAUUUUGAAAUCACCAGAGAGACUUGAUGUUUAUUCUCUACAUCUUGUCCCUCGUGAAUCUACUUCAGUGGGGCAGUUUUUAAAUUCUACUCUAUUAGAAGUGGUAACACAGGUCACUGUAUGUGGUUCACAUGGUAUGAAAUGUCUUUUGUCAAGUUAAAACCAUUUUGGCGCAUGGCAGUUGUGAGGGCCAGGGCAUUGACAAACAAUUAACCUUUCCCUUUUGGGGGGGUUGGUCAAUCAGGCCAUUUGACAAAAGUAGGGCCCUUCCUAUAGUUAUAUUUAGUCGAGAUGAAAUGUUUUAAUGCUUUGUUUCCUGCUUCAUGCUCCUUGUAACUUGCAACACUAGUCGUCAAUAUGAGGGAGUUGUAUGAAGUAGGAUGUUGCUUUUGUCCUGCUUUUUUUUUUGGGGGGGGGGGGGGGGGGAGGGUUAACCCAGUAAGCCUAAUUGUAGCCUGGAUCAUAUGACUGCUCCUGGCGCAGGUCUCACUUUGUAGACUAGAAUUCAAACACAAAAAUGUUCGAUCAUUUAUUUUUAAAAAUUAUUAUGAAUGCAGAAUACGCCUGGUCAUUACUUUCCUUAUUAUUAGAACUAGCAGUAUUCAGUGGCUUUUUUAACACUGCAUAGAAAAUAUUACUUCAUGGAUUAUAUUUUUGAGUUUAUCAUAUUUACUCCAGGGGUUAGCUUGUAUUUUUCUCUGACAUUAAUUUUUAUCUGAGACUGGUGGGGGUAGAGGCAGGGCUAACAUGACAUUGUGGCACUUGUAGCUCUGAAACCCAACAGUGCUCCUAGUAUUCUGAAACUUGCCUCCUUUAGAAAAUGUAUUUACUUAUUUGAAAAAUAUUCUUUUGGUCACCUGUCUUUUUGUAAUGGCCAUCAGGUGUUGUGUGAGCCAGUGGAUUGUGUUCCAAUGCAACAAGUACGAUAUUAGUAUUGCAAGUGGACUCAGUAGUACUCAGAAAAUGUAGCAUUGUGUCUGAUGAUUUGCCACUGCCACUACUAACAUGUCCAUUUUGUUUUACUAGUGGGUUUUUUUGUUACUGAGAAUUAGUCUGGAGAGAUAGAUAGUCUUGAGUAGGUGCAAAGUGUGAACUGUAUUUAUGCAUCUUCAAUAUAUUACCUUCCAAAUUAUAUGCCGUUCAUCAGGUUGCAGUACUUGCAAAGUCUGAACUGCAAAUGAUUAUUCAUAAUCACAUGUAGGGCAUAAGGGUUUCAGUUGCACAUUAUUUGCAUUUCAUUCAUCAAACCAAUCUGGUUUAUAUGUUGAAAUGUACUGUAACUUACUCUGGAGAGUGCAGGUCUGUGUGUCGUCAGUGUGUUACUGUUUCAGUCCCUUACUUAUACUAUAGUGUAGAGGCUUUCACCACUGCAUCAAAGUCUGUGCCAGUUCCCUCUCUCUAUCUGUUGUCAUUUUUUUGUCCCAGUGCAAAGUGUUUUAUAUAUAUAGCAAAAUUGUACAUAAUUUUUUACAAACCGUAAAUACAAAAAGAGAACGGUAGGCUACGUAUUGUGUAAUUUCAUAUGUGUGUAAGUGUAUGUACAUGUGAGUUUUGCUUCUGAAGCAAUUGUGAAGUAGUGCUACAUGACAGCUGAAUGAUGAGGGUUGAAUGCUUGUGUUGUGCUUGAUUAGAAGUGUAUAACGUUAUGGCUGUAACAUUGGAUUUGUGUGUGUUUUCACCUGAGACAGACGCAAAGGUGUGGAAGAAGAAAUGUGAGUUAUGUUAUGCAAGGAUUAGUUUGAUUGUCUCAGUCUUCCUCUACAUGGUGCGAAUGACUCAAGUUAGGGCUGGAAUGUUAGGUCAAGUCAGUUCCUCAUAUUACUCAGCCUCCUCCAGGCUGGCCUCAGUUGUUGUAGUUACGUCGAUUCUCGCUCUGUGGCGAAGUAUGUAUGUAUGGUUAUAGUUUUAUCAAAUUUCCUCCUGCUCAUGAGAUAAUUGCCAAGGUCGUUUUUGGUUCUGAAAUAAAGAGCAGAGCCAGCUUGGUAAUAUAGUUCACUUGGACAAAAGAGUGAUCCAAAUGUUAAAUCAGUUGAGUGUACCAAAAUUCAAGCAUUUCUCCGAGUCAAUUGUUUGAAAGUAACAGUUUUUCUUCUCUUUCUCUCAAAAUGACUGAAAAUGACUUGAUCAAUUAUCUUAUGAGCGUGACAAUUUACAGAUGGGAGCUCCGCUGGAAGAAUAAGCAGUCAUGAAAUACAAGCAACGUAGGGUCUGUGUCUUACUUGACUCAGUCACUUAGUCCCAUGGGAGGGUUAUGCUAAUUUUGGCCUCACCUCAGUCGUCUUUUAAUGUUGAAAGGGAUGUUAAAACUUAACUUUUAGAGAUGGUUUGGAGUAUUUCAUUAUAAAAUAAAUGGUAUUCUCUUGCAAAAAGGAUAGAAUAUUUUACCGUUACUCUUGUAAUGUGACUGUGCCUGUACUUCUAGCGGAGCCCUCAAGUGUUAACAGUGUCUUAACCGUUGUAGGGCCUACUGUAUAGGAAAACGCUGCAGUCUUAUUCAAGAAAACUCUGCAGUCUUAUUCCAAUUGCCUGGAGACUGAAAUGAAAAUAAGAGGGGAGUGCACCUUCUUCAAAUAUUUUUCAUGUGUUAUUAUAUAUCUGUGGCAGGUUUCUAACAAAUGGCAUUGCAGAUUGUCUCGAAACUUCUGAUUUCUGGCUAUGGUAAUAGUAUGAAUGAUUACGAAGUAAGCGGCAUGUUUUCAUGGAGUUCCUCUAUACUUCAUCUUCCUAAAUUCAAUAUAUUGGCUACUUGUGUGUAAAAUAUAGAUUAGAUCAUUUUCUAUCAUAUGUUAUUCAUCAUCUGUAAUCGCCAAGAAACCCAAAUAGCAUCUUUUUAACAUUGUAGAUAUAUCAUGUUCAUGCCUGUGGGGUUAAAGAAAUUCAGUGGGUUUUUUGGUACUUGCGUAGAUCUGAUUAUUUUGAAUGCUUUUAAUGAUCUGAAGACCGUUUGUGUGUGAGUCAAGCAAGAAAGAGGUAUAAAUUGAAAGGAGUGCGUUGUCUUUUUUUUUUAAAUAAAAAGCUAUAAAUAACUUGAA